GGCCCCCCAUUCAGUCAGAGUGCAUGCAGCACUGUGCAGCAGCAGAAGCAGCAGACUUCCCGCAGGAAUCCUUGGAUUUAACACACUGCUGUUUAGAUGGCUGACAGAAAGGAGUAACUUAACGAACGGUGCUGCAAACUCUCCGUGGUCAUACACAAAGUGUCUCGGGGCACAAACUGUGACAUUAUGGAAAAGAAAUUCGAAGACAUUGAUUCGUCAGGGAGAUGGCAAAACCUUUACAAUGAGAUCCGUAACCAAGCCAGCGAAUAUCCUUACAAAGUGGCAAAACUUCCAGUGAAUCGGAAUUUGAACCGUUACAGAGAUGUCAGCCCAUACGAUCACAGUCGAGUAAAACUUGAAAACUCUGAGAAUGACUACAUCAAUGCAAGUUUAGUUAUGAUGGAAGAAGCCCAAAGAGCUUACAUACUGUCUCAGGGGCCUUUGAGGAAUACUUGUGGUCAUUUCUGGCUGAUGGUUUGGGAGCAGUGUUGCAAAGCUGUUAUAAUGCUCAACAGAGUCAUUGAAAAGGGAUCUGAAAAGUGUGCACAGUACUGGCCCACCUCAGAGGAGCUACAGAUAUCUUUUACAGACACGGGGUUUGUUGUCAGGCUACUUUCAGAGGAGGACCAGUCCUAUUUCACAAUCCGAUUGCUGGAACUGCAAAACACAAAGACGGGGGAGUCGAGGGAGGUCUACCACUUUCAUUACACCACAUGGCCUGACUUUGGUGUACCAGAAUCCCCUGCCUCUUUCCUCAACUUCCUACUCAAAGUUCGGGAAUCGGGCUCGCUGAGUCCGGAACAUGGGCCCUCAGUGGUGCACUGCAGCGCUGGCAUUGGGCGCUCUGGUACCUUUGCCUUGGUGGACACUUGCCUGGUCCUGAUGGACAGAUGUAAGAGUCGGUCUUCAGUGGACAUACAGAAGGUACUGCUGGACAUGAGGGAAUACCGUAUGGGUCUGAUCCAGACCCCUGACCAGCUUCGCUUUUCUUACAUGGCGGUCAUAGAGGGAGCCAAGAUCCUCCUGACAGAUAACUCAGCUGCACAGCAAAACAAGCAGAGACUACUAUCUAAAUCUGCCCCCUACUUGGAGUCAGAUCCGCCCCCUCCGCCACCUCCUCCUAGACCUCACCUCAAUGACAGCAGGCCCAAUGGCCAGGCAACAUCUUGUGUGGAGCUGCAUGCCCCCUCAGGAGACCACCUGCUGCCAACAGAGCCAGAUAGCCAUGACCACAAUGUGGAAGACCUUUCUGGGCAUCUCAGAAAGCGACACCGUGAGGAGAGGAUUGCCAGCACUGCGCAGAAGGUCCAGCAGAUGAAACAGAGACUGACAGAUUCGGAGAGAAAGCGAGAGAAGUGGCUGUACUGGAGACCCGUGCUGCUUAAUGUCGGUGCCGGGGCAGCUUUGGCUGUCAGCCUACUGGUUUGCUGGAUCUACUCGCAGUGAAACACUCGGGGUCACUUAAAACUGACUUAUUUUGCACCAGUACCUGUGGUUAGGUACUUCUAUAAUCAGAUUUAGAUGAUAAGAUGUGCAUAUCUGAGGGUAUUUAUUUCCUUAAGGUCAAAAUGCGGGAGCGCUGGAUCAAAUGAGCUUGUGUAUAUUUUUCAUGUAACAUCUAAAGUAGUAACAUCUCAGGAUCUCGUUGCCAGCACGAUGAUUUAUUUUCCUUUCCUCUUUGUCACUGUUGAUGAAUGUACUGUAUCAUAGCAAAUCGCUUUGAAAGAAACCUACUUGAGGGGCAGUAAAGACCAAAAAAAAUUAUUCUGACAGAUUUAUUUUUGCAUUCUUUAUUUGCUAUAGUCAGAUUUGUGUUGAUCAUGAUGGACAUGUUUUAACAUUUUGCAUUUCAAAAUGAGUUCUGUUGACUGUUUAUCCUACCAUAGAUAAGUUGGAUGAUUCCUUUCCCUUGACAUCAGCCAUGGGAGUUUUUCUUUUCUUUUAGAGAAUUCACAUUUCAUGCAUGCAUUUAAAGGUUCACCAGAACACCACUUGUUCUUCCAUUUUUAUUUAGCGGAGAAUCGCAAUAUGUUUCAGACUGUGAUGGUUGUCACAUGGCUCAUAGUGAUGAUCUAGUCCCUCACAGCUUAAUGUGUGUAUUCACCCACUUGAUGGGUUCAUGUUUGUUCAGGUUAUCUUACUUUAGGAAACCAAAGCAAAGCUGUCCAGUUUUAUUAAAAUACCAGCCAAGCAAGCUGUUUAUUUGUACUCCCUUUAUGUGUAAUGUGUUUUCUAUUGGAUCUUUGACAUAACUGACACCUGCAUUGCAAAAUUAUAUUGGUCACAGCACCUUUGCAUUGCAUGUGACUUUUUAAUUUGAACCCAUGAUCUAGCCAUGUUUUCAAUUGACUGGGACCAAUAUAAAGCUAUAAUAGUGUUAUUUAGAAGUUGGAGCAGAGCAUCUUGGAUUGAAUUCUAAGUUAGGUGAGAGUGAUGGCAAACAUGUCAUCACCCCUUUGUUUGCUUGUUUGAGAUAGCUUUUAAUGUGCCUUGAAGUUGGCAGAGUGUGUGCUCCAAGGUUUCUUUAGCAUGAUCAGUACAGAAAAUGGAUUAUGUGACCUGCUGUUUUGCAGUAGCCAGAGGUGUGAUAUAAUAAAUUGUAUUGGAGUUGAUUGCACACGAAAUGUGACAUUAGCAUGUGCUGACUCCUGAGAUGUAGCAAUUUGUUGGUGAUUGGCACUGUUUGGACAUGACUUUGACUCAGAGUUCAUUAAGCCCAGAAAAGAUCAGUUUGACCAUAACAUUCCAUUCAUUCUUGUUUUCCUUUAACAAUUACAGGGGAGAUUUGUACAUUGCCUAGCUGCAAUUAGAACAUGACAGAUGUUGUGUUAAGAAAAGAAAACAUGAAAUGCAGAUUAAAAUAAAACAUUAAUCUUUUUUAAAUCCAAA